AUGUUCUGCCAAGAUGUCGACGACGAAACUUUCCACCUUAUAAUUCGGCUGCAGCUUGAGGACUUGGAGAGUAUCAAGAGGGCGGACAAAGGAAAACACAAAGAGGAUGACCUCCUAGAUUCUGACUUCGCUGUCGAGGCGUAUAAGUUGGAGCUCAAGGCUGGAGAGCAAUUAGCCUCUGACAGGUGUAUGUGCAAAAGCAUCGCGAAAGCCAAUCGUCAGGACGGACAUAUCAUCAGUUCUCUGGUUGCGCAGGAGAAGCAGGCAGCACGGGACAGAGAAGCGGCGUUGCGUCUCAGUCGCGGUGGGCUUAUCCAUCCUGGUGUCGCCACGGCUACUCCAAAUGGAGCUGACAUGGGGGGAGAGCCCGAAUUAGACACUGAUUUGAUUAAGAGGCUUAACCGGCUUUACGUAUCUGCAAAUGCAGAUGAAGAUGACAAUGACCAGCCGGAAUCGUCUUCCUGGGCAGCAUCACGAAAUGUGAAUAACGGGACUGCACAUCUUCACCAGGAGAAGAAGACCUGCAACAGCUGCAUGGAAAAAUACCCCUCCAUCCAAAUUGCCGGCUGCCCCUGCCACCACGAGUACUGCGGCGACUGUCUCCGGUCCCUCUUCGAGGCAUCACUCACCGAUGAGUCUUUAUUUCCUCCCCGGUGCUGUGGCCAGCCAAUCCCCGUCGAAGACAAUCGUAUCUUUCUAACACCCAAGCUCGUGGGAGAGUUUCGCGCCAAGACGAUCGAGUUUUCGACCACGAACCGCACCUACUGCCAUCAGCCGACAUGUUCCACCUUCAUUCCAAAAGGAUUGAUCCAAGGUGAUAUUGCGAGCUGUCCACGAUGUCUUCAUAAGACCUGCACCAUCUGUAAGGGCCCAGAACACCAGGGUGAAGACUGCGGUAAUGAUACGGCGACGCAGAGCUUGCUCCAGCUCGCCGCCGAGAACGGGUGGCAACGUUGCUUCUCCUGCCGCAGAGUCGUAGAACUGGAUCACGGCUGCAACCACAUGACUUGUCCUUGCCAUGCUGAGUUCUGCUACGUAUGUGGUCUGAAAUGGAAGACAUGUACUUGCCCGCAGUGGAACGAGGAGCGACUGUACGCUCGCGCCAAUGCCAUCGCGAAUCGAAAUGCAGGCUUCCAGCAGUUUGAUGCAGGCAGACAGGCACGGGUAGUUGAGAGAGAGGCGCAAAACCUCAUGCAGAAUCAUGAGUGCACACACAUGUCCUGGAGGUCUCGUAGUGGCUCUUUCACUUGUGAGGAGUGCCACGAUACCUUGCCUACAUUCAUAUACGAAUGCAGACAGUGUCGCAUUCGUGCUUGCCGAAGAUGCCGGUUCAACCGCCUUUGA